CCCACACACACACACACACAAACACACUGCUAGUUCAAAGCACAUUUCAUUGCCUUCUAACCAGUAGCCUUUCAGUUUUAUUGCUGUGUCUGUAAUUUUAAUACUUCGACAGACAUUAGCGCUUUUGUACCUGAAGAGUGUGUGAACCCUGAGGCAACUUUAUCCAGGCUGCGACCAAGACUCGCAUUCUUCUCUUACCUGGUGGCCUUCACUUACAGUGUGUGAUGGGAUCUUUUCGGCGUCCUCGCUUUAUGAGCUCACCAGUGCUGUCAGACGUGGCCCGCUUUCACGCAAGUUCACCAUCCCUACAACUCUCCACUGCAAGUAUCUGGAAUAGUGUCCAAUCUGCUGUCAUCAAAGUAUUUCAAGGAGGAGGGCUACAGACCAGUGAGCUGUACAGUCUGAAUGAAAGCAUCAGGUGGCUUCAAAAGACAGAACUUGGCUCCUUCAUUACAGAAUACUUUCAGGAUCAGCUCUUGAACAAAGGCCUGGCACAUAUAUUGGAGAAAAUUCAGCUUCAUGAGGAAGAAAACUGUCUCCAGGCUCUGUCUGAAAUGUGGGUAACAUAUUUCACAGAGAUCCUGCCAACUCUUCAAGCCAUAUUCUAUCCUGUGCAGGGUCAGGAGCUAACUGUGAGACAGAUGGCUCUGCUGGGUUUUAGGGACCAGGUCUUGUUGAAGCUUUCCCUAGAGAACAUUCUGAAUACCACUUCAUACCCUCCUGCCAUAGUACAGAUGCUGCUCAUACUACAGAUCUACAUAUUUAAUGUCUGCAGGCUUUUUUUUUUUUUAACACAGGGCAUUCAUGAGUCUAGUGGGCCGAGUAAAGAAUACUACCUUCUAGAACGACUAGUGGAUAUGGUGAUUAAACCUUACCUGAGUAACUACCUCCACAUGAGCCACAGGGACUCCACUUCAGAGUGUCAUUUGGAAAAGUCCAGUUUGGAGACUGCACCUCGCUUUGGCCAGCCAGAGAUCACAAUCACACACUUUGCUGCAGAAUCGCUGCUGACGCCUCUUGUGGAGCAGGAAGGUGAGGCAUAUCUGGAGAGGACUGCUGGAAUACGGCGCCACACGGUCGCCAAUGUUCAUUCAGACAUCCAGUUUCUCUCCAUGACAAACAGAACCGAUUGUUGUGAUAAUGGCCAGGUGACAAAAGCAAAGAGAACUGCUUCUCCCAGGCCUUUCUCCAGUCAUCUUGUAUUCCUGGACUCUCAGUCAACUACAACAAAAUCACAGAUAUGCCAGAACACUGAAAUGAGUUGAAAACUGUUCUGUAAGAAUCAUAAUAUAGUCCAAUCCUAGAACUGUCGUUAUUUCAAGUAUUUACACUGAUUACAUUAGUGGAGUCAUAUGGAUUAUCACAGCAGUUAAUGUGCAGUAUGAGCCAAUUUGACUACUUAAAUUGUUCAGCAGCAUUCCACUUCCUCAUAAUCAGCCAGUGGGGUUGUGCACAAUCUGUGAAGUUGAUUACAUGGCUAUUUGUGUACUAGUUUUUGGUUAUAAAUUUACACAAGUAAUAAUUUAUUAGGUGUACACGAAAUAUUACUUAAUUGUGACCUGUAGAAAUUUUUACCUAUGUUGGAAGACAGUCUACUUACAACUUCUUGCCACAGUUUCUCAUAUACAAAGCCUUUUGUGUACAUGAACAGCUGUAAUGCUUACUUGGAAACUACAUUAUUGUUUGGUUGAAUGCUUAAAGCACAAGGGAGAGGAGUUUCAAGAAACCUAUAAUUAGCUGAGUCGUGUCCUGUGCUGUGCUCUAAGAGGCAUGCUCAUUUUCUGCUGUAGAAGUGGCAAAGCUAUGUGGAAUUUCAGCUCUGCUGAGCUAACACUGUUUACACAGAUGCAGUAUUAGGCAAAAUCUUUGAGCUUUCAGCUGUUUGGGAUUAUGGACUUGACUACACUGUGUGACACUUUCUUGUUUUGAGCCAUUUUAGUAUGUACUGUACAAUUUGUUAAUAGUGGAGUUGCUGAUGUAUUGAUCUAAGGAGUAAUUUAUUUCAUGAAAUAUUUUGUCUUAAUUAUAAUUUCAGUUUGAAUGUUAUGACAAAUAUUGUGUUUAUCAAUGUGCAGUGUUGUAUAUAUUUCUAGUAAUAAAGUGUUACCUUGUGUA